AUGACUUCUAAAGCAGUACUUGCCAUCCUAGUAGCAUUGGCCUGUUUCCAAGGAAAUGGUGCUCGCAUCAUUUUGAACGAUCCCUCUAAGGUAGGUGAAUUGCACACCGCCGUUCUACCGCCUUCGACGGAAAUGUUGCCAGGUAUCAAACCCCUGCCAGCUGAAAUUCCACCACAAACUCGCCCACUGCCACCAGCGAUUGAAGAUCUUCCAGCUCCAGAAAAGCCACAAGUUCGUCCAUUGCCAUUCCCUCUGCCACCACAAGUUGAGGCUUUGCCAGCUCCAGAAGUGCCACUGAUCAAACCAUUGCCAGCUGAAAUUCCACCACAAACUCGUCCAUUGCCACCAGCGAUUGAAGUACUUCCUGCUCCAGGGAAACCACAGACUCGUCCAUUGCCACCACCAAUUUCCGUUCUUCCGGCUCCAGGACAACCACAAACUCGUCCAUUGCCGCCACCAAUUUCCGUUCUUCCAGCUCCAGGACAACCAGAAACUCGUCCAUUGCCACCACCAAUUUCCGUUCUUCCGGCUCCAGGACAACCACAAACUCGCCCAUUGCCACCACCAAUCUCCGUUCUUCCAGCUCCAGGACAACCACAAACUCGUCCAUUGCCACCACCAAUUUCUGUUCUUCCAGCUCCAGAGGAAGAUUGUUACGAAAGCAUUGAACUUUUGCCAGCUCCAGUACUUCCAGAAGUCCGUCCAUUACCACCACCAAUCUCCGUUCUUCCUGCUCCAGGACAACCACAAACUCGCCCAUUGCCACCACCAAUCUCCGUUCUUCCAGCUCCAGGACAACCACAAACUCGUCCAUUGCCACCACCAAUCUCCGUUCUUCCAGCUCCAGGACAACCACAAACCCGCCCAUUACCUCCACCAAUCUCCGUUCUCCCAGCACCAGGUCAACCACAGACUCGUCCAUUGCCACCCCCUGCUGGAGUACUUCCGGCUCCAGUAGUACCACAAAUCAAACCACUGCCUGCUGAAAUUCCACCACAAACUCGUCCAUUGCCACAUGCAAUUGAAGUUCUUCCGGCUCCAGGAAAACCACAGACUCGUCCUCUGCCACCACCAAUCGCCGUGCUUCCAGUAUUCCCCGAGCAAAUUAUCUUCUAGAUUUAAUAUAUUACAUAUGUUAAUUCCUAAAUAAAGCAUUAUAAAAUGAAA